AUGGACUCCUUUGAGCAUCACAGCGAUCCUCCAAACCAGAUUGAUGGUGGAACCACAUGGUCUACGGAAGGAGAGCUCUUUGAGGACAGCCUGAAUGUAGUGGACGAGGGUGACAUGGAGUUCAUCACUUGGAAUUGUCAAGGAGCAGCGUUUAGGAGUUUUCUUAGAGCUGCUAAAUGGCUUUGCAGCAGCCAUAAAUCAGAUAUUCUUUUUCUUUUGGAGACAAAAACUUCUGGUUCCGACGUGGAUAUGUUGUUUGCUACAAGACGGGGUUCAAUAAUUGGGCUAGGGUGGAGGCUCUUGGCUUUAGUAGACUCAUGGAAUUUUACGGUGGUUUAUGGUAGCCCGUCGCUCCAUCUUCGGCGCAGACUUUGGAAUUCCCUAACUCGUACUAAAAUUAACAUUAAUGGCCCCUGGCUAGUUGAGGGUGAUUUUAAUGCAGUAAUUAGUAAUGACGAGACUUCUAGCCCGGGUAACUCGGGAGCUCAUAGGAAUAAUGAUUUUAGAAAUUGGAUUUUUGAGGAGGCUUUAAUUGACUUGGGCUUUGAGGGCCAGAAGUUUACGUGGAAAAGAGGACAGGAAAGUGGAACUUUCAAAGGAGCGAGACUUAACAGAGCAUUAUGUUCUAUUGACUGCAUUGAUUGUCCCCAUGACAAUUAUAUUAAUACUUUCAAGUUUCAAGGGGCCUGGGUGAGGCAUCCCAACUUCUUGGAAACUGUCAAGGAGAACAUGAACGAAAAUGCUAUUGUUUGGGAUAAUAAAGACAAUUUAGCUACCAAGCUGAAGGAUUGGAAUAGACAUACUUUUGGGAACAUCCACAUUAGAAAAAAUGCGUCUCUUUAA